AUGUCGUUUGGAUCUUCUCUGUUAUCUCCUCCGUCGCAUCUUGUUUGCCGGAAACGUAACAGAAUCUCUCCGUUCAAGGUCGCUGCAAACGUUCCCGACUUCCUCUCUGCAGACUGGUUUGAAUCUCGCAAGAAAAAACCGUUUGGUCCAACAUUAGAUUUCACGGCAGAAGAUGCUGUUCAUCAUCAGCUUGAAGCGUUGAAGUACAACGAUCAGCCUCGUCAAGAUUAUGGAAUUGAAGUCAUGUAUAGGUUUGCUGGAUUUGAUCCUUUUGAAAGGUCCACCUAUUUUGGACCAUUCUUUGAUCUCGGUCAGUUUGAAAGGUUCAGGCGUAUUUUUCAUCAUUCUACUUACAGAGUUUUAUUGGGUCACAAAGAAAGAAAGAUCAUGAGUAGUUUAUUUGUGGAGGAGAACAAGUAUAAGCAACGGAUUUGGGUUCGUGGAUGUCGGCCAGAGGAAGAGGAGAUAUUUCAAUUUACAAUGGUUCAGAGGGUUGGUGGUUGCUGGGAUGGUUAUUGGUUGACAGAGUCACUGCUUCACAAUACAGAUACAUUUUCUGGUGGGUUAGCUUAUUGA